AUGCUCCAAGUCCCUGGCAGCUCUCUAAAGAAGAAAAGUCACUAGUGCUCUGCUCUUGCCAUAAUACCAAACCUUUCUGACUAACGCUUUGGUGCUGCAACACUGGAAGAAUUGUAACAGGUUCCAGGAAUUUUUUUUUUUUUUCAUUUGAGUGAUUCUUUGGGAAUAGAAAAAAGAUUUGAGUCUUUAAUAAUCACCUUGUUUUAAAGCUAUUUCUUACUGCUUAAUUAAUCGGGCCACUUACCAAUGAGCCACACAGCCAGUCCGUGCCAGGAGCUGGUUGAAAACUGUGCUGUGCAUGUAGCAGGGAUGGCACAAGAAGACAGCCGUCGUGGUCAAGUGCCAUCCACCUUUUAUCAUGGUGCCAACCAGGAGCUCGACCUGUCCACCAAAGUGUACAAAAGGGAAUCAGGAAGUCCUUACUCUGUGUUAGUGGACACCAAGAUGAGCAAGCCGCACCUGCAUGAAGCAGAGGAACAGCCGUAUUUCAGGGAGACAAGAGCAGUGUCUGACGUGCAUGCCGUGAAGGAAGACCGGGAGAAUUCUGACGACACGGAAGAGGAGGAGGAAGAAGUCUCUUACAAAAGGGAGCAGAUCAUAGUGGAGGUAAACCUUAAUAAUCAAACAUUAAAUGUAUCUAAAGGGGAAAAGGGUGUCUCUUCUCAGUCCAAAGAGACUCCUGUUCUUAAGACAAGCAGUGAGGAGGAAGAGGAAGAGAGUGAGGAAGAGGCCACAGAUGACAGCAAUGACUAUGGAGAGAACGAAAGGCAGAAGAAAAAGGCGAAGAUAGUGGAGAAAGUCAGCGUCGCACAGAGGAGGACCAGGAGAGCUGCCUCUGUUGCCGCAGCUGCCACUUCCCCUCCUCCCAGAACUACGAGGGGCCGUAGGAAGAGUGUAGAGCCACCUAAGCGUAAGAAGCGGGCCACAAAGGAGCCCAAAGCACCAGUCCAGAAAGCUAAGUGUGAAGAGAAAGAGACUCUGACCUGUGAGAAGUGCCCCAGGGUGUUUAAUACUCGCUGGUACCUGGAGAAGCACAUGAACGUUACUCAUAGGCGCAUGCAGAUUUGUGAUAAAUGUGGCAAGAAGUUUGUCCUGGAAAGUGAGCUGUCCCUUCACCAGCAAACAGACUGUGAAAAAAACAUUCAGUGCGUUUCCUGUAACAAAUCAUUCAAGAAACUCUGGUCCCUUCAUGAACAUAUCAAAAUCGUCCACGGAUAUGCAGAAAAGAAAUUUUCCUGUGAAAUUUGUGAGAAGAAGUUCUAUACCAUGGCUCAUGUGCGGAAACACAUGGUUGCACACACGAAAGACAUGCCGUUUACAUGUGAAACCUGUGGAAAGUCAUUCAAACGCAGCAUGUCACUCAAAGUGCAUUCCUUGCAGCAUUCUGGAGAGAAGCCCUUCAGAUGCGAGAACUGUGACGAAAGGUUUCAGUACAAGUACCAGCUGCGCUCCCACAUGAGCAUCCACAUCGGGCACAAGCAGUUCAUGUGCCAGUGGUGUGGCAAGGACUUCAACAUGAAGCAGUACUUCGACGAGCACAUGAAGACACACACUGGAGAGAAACCCUUCAUCUGUGAAAUCUGUGGCAAGAGCUUCACCAGCCGCCCCAACAUGAAGAGGCACCGCAGGACUCACACAGGCGAGAAGCCCUACCCCUGCGACGUGUGUGGUCAGCGGUUCCGCUUCUCUAACAUGCUGAAGGCCCACAAGGAGAAGUGCUUUCGGGUGACCAGCCCCGUGAACGUGCCACCUGCUGUCCAGAUCCCACUCACGACUUCCCCAGCCACCCCGGUCCCUUCCGUGGUGAACACACCCACAACCCCAGCCCCUCCGAUCAGUAUGAAUCCUAGGCCAGAGUGAGGACAGCUUCCUGCGGCACCUGGCAGAGAAGAACACUUCAGCGCAGCACCACUAACACCGUCUCCUCAGUGUGUUCCCAGGUGUGGCUGCAGACAGGGAGGUGGUGAGCACCCCAGUUCUCUGAGCUCCCUGCAGUUCUCGGGCUCCCCCCGGAGUUUCCUCCCUGCCUCACUGGGAGAGUCCACCCAUCCCAGGGGGUGGCCAGGAAGACUACCUUGAGCUCACAGUGGGAACUGUCAGCUAAACCGGAGAGCCGCCGAACUGAAGCCUAAUUGGCUUCCAUUUUCUGGUGACUUUUAUAAAUUUCAAAUACUCAGACUUGUGGAAUUUUAUAAUUUCAUAUCAGCUGAUGAGGUAUGCUUGCUUUUAUAUCCCGGACUUCCCCUCAAAGAGGGGCUAGACCUGGUUUCCUUUGUACUAAUCGGGAAGGCUGUGAGAUUAAUCCAGAGCAUUAAUUGUAUCACUGUGUAUCAUAAUGAAUUCUUUUCAGCUUUUUGGUGCUGGCUACAGAGUUGAGCUGGCCAUGUUUCACAGUAUAUCAAGCAUUACAGAGAAAGAUGGAAACUUUCUUCCUUGUGUAGCUCUCCUAACGCAUUCUUUAUUUUACUACAGAAAUUAUUUUAGAGUUUUUGUAUAGACUUCUUUAGUAGUCUGUUUCUAAAAUGAAAUGUAUUUCAAUAAGCGGUGUAAUUUUUUCAGUGUAGCUGAACCUAUGUUGUAAAAUAGAAAUUUUUAUAAUCAUCAAAAUGUGAUUCUUAAAGAUGCAUAUAACUUCUAUAAUUCAAAGUUAUUCUUACAUCCGUACAACUCAAAGGUGCUUCAGAGACCAGAUGUAUCUGAGAGGGUGUCCAGACCAGGUCACUUCAGAAACGUGCUUUUGCUUUCACAAUCUGGUGUGAGUACGUGGUAGUGUUUUACUCUCUGCCAAACACGCAAGUGUCUGUCAGGCUUUCACUGACUCGCUCCUGCCUCCCACAUCCCGCUGGGCUCAGCUGGUGCAGUGGAUAAAAUGAUUUGUGGGGGACGGGCCUUUUCCAGGGAAGUCUCCUGACGCUGCCAUGUUUUAAAAACCAGAGUAAAGCUGUCACCACCAGUAGAGGAAGUAGCGGAGAUUGCUUCGUUUCAGGCCUGUUUCUCACUUCCCUUUGAAACUAUGUUCAUGUUUAACUUUUAUGAGAUGACAAGUUGAAGUCUCUCAUUUUGAGGUUGCUUUAUUUUUCUAAAGUUGUUUUGAGAAGAUAAAAUAGCAAACUAAAAUCACACAAGUAACACUGCUGAGAGUGGCGAAGAAAUUCAGCUAAGACAAAUUGGUUCUAAGUUUAAAAACAUCUGUUUCAUAGAGAGUGCAGAUAUUUCUGUAACUUUGGGCUGUUUUAACACAGUUUGACUUGUAGUGAGGGAAAACACUUGGGAUUUGCUGCCCUGUCCUCUGCGAAUAAUGAUGUGACGCCAGCCUUCGUAGGUGCUAAAGAGAGCACACUCCUGAUACAUUUAGGCAAGUUAAUGGGUCAGGUUUGGGGACCUUCAGAGGAGCCUGGUCUAGCAGGAGCUGAUGGUAGGAAAGGCCGAACAGAAACCUUCACAUGUUGGUUACAUUUAACUGAUCAGAUUUCUUUUUUUUUUUUUUUGUUCUUGUUUUGUUUUGUCUUUCAAAUUUCUCCAGACUCAGUGUAGCUAAGGAUUUUGGAUUUCUUCAUCUCAGAGUUCUAAGGCUGGGUCACCCACUGCCCCCAACCGUCUCCGUUUUUGAAUCUUGAAUUUCUUUCAUUUUCCUUUUCUCGGGCUUUUACAUCAUUACCUGAGUUAGAACCCUUUUAUUUAUUUGUUUUAAUAUUAAAUGUGCAGAUAUGUUUCAAGCACUUUUCUGGCUGGCUAGCUCUAUGAUAAGAAAAAAUGGAAUUCUUUCAACAUAGGUUAAGUCCCUACUUUAAAAACACCCCAUUCUCUGUUAUCUUUUCUGGUUUAAUGUUUCCGAUUGUUCUCCUGACUUGCCUUUGCCUUUGAUAAUGAACAUAGGAAAUGUUUGAAAUGAGGCAGAAAAGUAUCUCAAGAGAUACUUUCCUUCCUUAUUUUUGAUGUAAGUUUUAAAAAGUAGGAUUUUUAACCUUUGUAUACAUUUUGGGGCAUCCAGGUACCCAAGCCAAUAAGGAAAAUUAAUUUGCUGCUUAUGAUUGUAAUGUCAUCAUGCUGUCUCCCUGACCCCCACAAUCUCUUUAGCAUUCCAUUCCAAGUUUGUAAAUCUAUACUUUCACGUAGACAUAUCAUUACUUCGUGGUCAAGCCUAUAAUACUACAAUGUUUUGUUUUGUUUUGUUUUGUUUAAGAUGUAAACUACAGCUUAGUUCAUUGGUUAUACCUUAUUUUGUUCUAAAUAAAUUGACAGUAUUGGGCAGCAAUCCUGAAUGUUAGACUUGAGACCGUUGAGUCAACCAUGUCAUAAGGUGUACUAUAGUUAUACACUGGAAAAUUCAGGUAGUCAUCUGUGAUUUUUUUCAUCCAAGUAACUAUAGCCAUAAGGAAAUAUCUGCUAGACAGGAAAACCAUUAAGCAAAUAAUCACCGCCAUCCUUAACAAAAGCAAAAAAGGAUUACUUUUUAAAAUUAAUUUUAAAUAUCACAUAGUACAUUUCUUAGUGAAAUGUAUUGUGGAACAAUAUAAAACUCCCAAAUUUGUUUCCUGGAUAAGUAUACCUUCUCUGACUUGGGAUUUGUGGUCUUCAGGAAAACUGCUCAGAAUAUAAUUACUCCUCCUCGGUGUGAUAUUACAUACGAGUAAUGACACAACAUUAAUGCUUCUGAAUAUGAGAACUGCAGGAGCAAGCCUUAAACGUAUGCGUGCAUCAGGUUUAACAUGCUUAAGACUCAAAACUCAGGGUUGAAAAUUUGGUUGGCGUUCUCUACUAAGAUGAGAUUUGUACUACCUGGUGUAUUUUCUCCCACAUAUGCUACAGCACCCCAUGAAUUCUUCAAGAAGUUGUUACCUACAUGUUAUUUGUGUGCGUGUGUGUGUGGAGGAGUUUGAGUUCUUAGUCCCUACCUUAUUUAUACCUGUUAAAGACAAAGGGCCCGUUUCAGCAUUAUAUAGAUAUCAAAUCGUCUCUCACUACUUAAUUUUCCUGUCUUCGAAGGCUUUCGCCUUUGCUAGGGUUAAAACUUAUUUGACUUUUUUGAUUGGCAUUGCAUUUUGGGUUUUUGUCUUUCUAGUCUUGUCUCAGACAUUUAUCAUUCAAAUAUAAACUCUAGCCUUCGUCAAGGGCUGCUGCAUACUCAAAUUGGGUUAAGUAGGCUCAUACACAAUUAAAUUUUUAAAUUCGAAUGAAGAAGAGUACUUUCAGGGCACAUGGCUUCGUUCCCACGUAAACGUGUGAUCUGAUCCUCACUUUUGGCAAGCAGGGGAGGCCUCCACAUGAACAUCCACUGUAGUUCAAAGUAAGCUCCGGACACUUUUAUAGUCUGUCAUUUGCAUUAGCCACUCUAAGUGACGGGUGCUCGGUGCUAGUGGGUAGUACCAUAGUGGUGCCAUCUUUCUAAAAGCCGCCUUUGUUGAAGGUACCUUUUUAUUGUGGCGAGAGCACUCCCUGUAAUUUGAUCGCCCCCAGUAUACUAGCUGAAGGCAAAUGUGCUCUGAAGAGAUGCUUGUGAACUUCGAACUGAUUACUGCUUGAAAUUAUUUUCAGUUUUUAUGUUUGUUGAAUGGAUAUGUGUAUUUCUUUCAUUUUGAUUUCACUGGAAGUUUUACAUUUUGAGAAGCCGAAGCAGAGAUAAAAACCCAUUGGAUAUAUACAUAUAUACACAUACAUAUAUGUAUACGUAUAUACAUAUAUUUACCCCAUCUUGAAGAUUUUGGCCAGUAAAACACAGAAUAGUAGAUGGGUUUUAAUGGAAAAAAAAGAAAGAGGAAAAAAAAAAAAUACCUAAAAAAAAAAAAAAAAAAAAAGUUAGAGAAACCCUUGUGUCUGAGCUACUGUAUAGAAAAACCCACAUUUUUAUUGCAUCGCUGCCGCAUGGUGACUAUCUCGAUGCUGUCCUAGACUGUAUGGGAAGCAUGUAAUAAAGAGGGGACAAGUUUCAUUUAAGAAUUUCAUCAGCUAACUACCUUUUCUUUCUUUUUUCUUUUUUUUUUUUUUUUAAGAGAUUUUUGCUAUAGAGUGCAUAUACUCACUGGAGA